UUUGUUCUCUACAAACUGGGACUACACAAUACACCUAAUAUACAUUCAUUGCCUGUCUCCGCUUCACAUUAAAAUUGACUCCACGCCUCUUUGCGGCUGUGCAUUGUUCCUUUCUGGUUACUCUGGUGUUCAUCUGAGGGUCUUUGGGAUGAAGUAAAUACUCUUCCUCUCAGAUGAACUUUUCACUUUGCCUCCUUGCCCAUGCUCUCUUUUUCAUCCUUUGGUCAUCUUCUGGAUUUUGAUACCAGUUUUCCUGGUUUCAGGGGUCUGAGGACUCCCUUAUCCUAUGGUGCCUUUGUCCUUGCAUCCUGUCUGUGCACUCCAGCUCUUGACCUCGUCUUGGAGCCUUGCUGUGCUUCUGUUCUUGUCAGCAGUGUAAAUUACAGUAAACACACAAUUUUGUGAGGCCCCUUUUUAGUCAAAGCAUUUCUUGAUGCUUGAUUCUUAAUUCUCAGUUUCUCUGUCUCAGGGCACGCCCCAAUUUCAGCUAAUUCCCACAGGCCUCCAGAAUCCAUGGAUUCCCUGGUUUUUCACUGUGCCCGCCACAUCGUCGCCCAGCGCCCUCUUCCUGCCCUUCCCCCCCAUCUCUAUCCUGUCAUUUUCAAAGUGGCAUUCCGGGAUGGAAGAGCCCUGGUCCUGCAGGAUUUGGUGGCCACUUGGCCUUUCCCGGAGCUCCACUUCAAGCGGCUCGUAGGGCACCUGGAGCAGUGGUCGGAUGAUCCCUUUGGCGACUGCAUCCGGGCCGUCAUCCAGGCUGUGGUGGCACACCGGCAAGCUGGAAGAGCCCGGCCACCAUCCAGCAGGUGCCGGCUGCGUGUGCUGGACAUGACGGGAAUUCCGGAUGAUCCAGACGAGUCGUGGUUCUGUUCCAGCUCCAAGGCUUUGGCCACAGCUUGUGUGGAGCUGUCCAAGCACCAGCAGGAAUUCCAGAGGCACAGACCCAAGCAGCAGAACGGAUGCUCUGGAGCAUCCACAGCCGUGGCAGCACUGCAGCCCCCCGGCAUGGACGUGCUCAUCGACCUUCAUGUCGGCAAAUAUUCCUACGAGAUCCUGUACGACGCACUCCAGACCAGAGCCGCUGGCCCUCUGCGCCUCACGUUCCGCGAAUUCCAUUUACAGGAUAUUUCACCAUCCAAGAUCGUGACUUUGUUGGAAUCUCUAGAUCCAUCGUGUUUGUGGAGGGUGGGUCUGUUCUGCAACUUUUUUGGAUUUCCUGAGCUCUUGGAGAUCCUGCCACACCUCUCGCGCUUCCCAGAGCUGCGCAGCCUGAAGCUGCAGGACAUCGGCAUGUACGGGCAGCACCUGAGGCCAGAAUCACCCAACGGAAUCCGCGACGUGGGCAGGCAACUGGGAAUGCUGUCCAGCCUCCGGGAGCUCAACCUGGCAGGCACCCGGGGAAUCUCCGGGAAUCUGAGCCAGAUCCUCUGUGACCUCCAGGAUCGGUUGGAAAGCUUGGAAUUGAGCUAUUGCUCCCUCCAUCCCGCCGACCUCACCUUCCUCUCCCAAAGCUUCCAUGCUCCAGCCCUCAAAAGGUUGGAUCUAAGUGGCCACAACAUCUCCCAAGGCCUCCUGGAGCCACUUCGGCUGCUCCUGGAGGAAUUCUCAGCCUCGCUGCUGCACCUGGAUCUCACAGAUUGCCACGUGGACGACUCCCACCUGAACGCGCUGCUCCCGACGCUCCUGCGCUGCUCCCACCUGCGCUUCCUGGGACUCUAUGGCAAUUCCCUGUCUACAGCUGCGCUCAAGAAUCUGCUCCAGAAAACUUUGGAGCUGCUGGAUCUCCACCUGGUCGUGUAUCCCAGCCCCAAGGAUUGCUACAGGCUGGAGCUGUGGGGCUCCGUUUCGGGUCUUAUAGAGGAUGAGGAGCUUUUGGCGGUGACCACUGCGGAGAUUUCACAGCUGGUGGCGAAUUCCGGGAGAACCGACCUCAUCUGGACUCACAAUCUCGACAGCCACGAAAUCCCAGACUACUUCUCCUUGUGAUUUAGGAAAACCUCGGAGGUGGGAAAAGCUCGGAGCCUCCAUUGUUAGAAAGCGCUGCCGCCUCUUUCCCGAAAUCCGCGUGUUUUCUGUCUUAUCCUGGUGCCUCAUUCCAGUGGAUUUUUCCUUUCAUUUUGGCGCUUUUCUACUGAUGAUUGAGAGAGACAUGGGGACUACUGACUUGUGAUCAGAAUCCCAAUUAUACUGUGAGCUACAUAUGCACAUAUACCAUUUUCAGGAAAGCCAGUCAUUUUUUACUACGUUUAUUGGGGUAAACUUCACACAGAUAAACUUCACAUUUCUUUAAAUUUCUGUUUAAUUAAAUUGUCUUUCCUGUCGCC